AUGUCGGAACUCAGACAUCAGCCUUCGGACGACGGCUCACCGGCCUCGAUUGCUAGCCGCCGGCUGCCCACUCGAGUAUCCAACGCGUGCAGUAGGUGCCGUCGGAACAAGAGCAGGUGUGACUCGUUCAGGCCAUGCUCCCUCUGCGUGCGAGCCAACGCCGAUUGUGAGGAGGCAACUUUAGACAAGAUCCCGAAAAGCGGAGCCAAGAUUCGCAGCGAGCGUCGUGUGUCUAAAUUGCGAAAACGGCCUCAUUUUGCAAGUAUUGAAGAUGACCGCUCUGCAGCCACUCUUCCGACGGAGCAGCUUUCGUCUCCGCAGGAAGAAGGAGCCGCAGGUAGUGUUGAAAGCGAUUAUGCUACAGACCUGAGGGAUCGAGGCACCUCGUGGGUGCCGCUGGACUACGGGGAGACUGAAUCGGCAAUGGGCAUCGCUCGAAAGAUUUAUCGUCUAGGAAGCCAAACAAUUGACGAAAACCACACAUCAGCUAUCCCGGACGGUGGAGCAGGUUCCCGAACCCCUCUUAUGAGGAACGGCUACCAUCGUCUGCCGAUAUCCACUAUCGUUGGAGGUCGUUUCCCUGACACUGUCACAAUUCAUCUGCUAUUGGAGGAAUAUUUUGAGGCGGUCUACUGGUUCUCCCUCGUCAUAUACGAACCCAAAUUUCGCCGACAACUUCAGUCGAUCGAGGAUGGCUAUGCGCACCCUGCCGAAGCCCCGUUUCUGACGCUGCUGUCGACAGUACUGGGUAUGGCGGCAUGGUACCAAUCAAAAAAGGCUAGCCAGGACGGAACUCAAGACUGGAGGUUAUGGAGUGACGAUUUGUUCAAGAUUGUGGAGAUGCGACUGGUUCAGAUAAUGGACCAACGCUCAGUAUCAGCAGUGCAGACCCUCAUCUUAUUAGGAUCACAUUAUGUGUAUCAUGGUCGACCAAAUCUGUCCUUCGCCCUACUAGGGGCCACCAUCAAGAUGUCUCAUGCUUUGGGCUUGCAUCACAGCAAGGUGCACGGGUCUGUCGACGACGUCGAAGAGCGAAAACGAGUAUGGUGGACUAUCUACACGUGGGAUAGAUUUGCCUCUAUCUCGUAUGGGCGUCCACUUAGCAUAAAUGACGAAGACUAUAACGUCGAGAUGCCCGCAGAGUUCACCGAGUCACCAUUCUUCAGGCCGGAUGCAGCUCACAAAGAAACGGCUAGGGUUUGCUAUUCACCGUAUCAGAGGGAACUGACCAAGUUAUAUCUCAUCACAUCCCCAGCCCUGAAGAAGAUAUUCGGCUCUUUGUCCGCGCGCUCAACAUGCCAAUACUUCGAUUCGGAGCAUCGAUUGCUAAUCAGCAAUGUGACCCAGCGCCUCUCAUCCUGGCGCCGCCACUUGCCGUCAGAGCUGUGUCUGGACUUGAAACGGGACUACACUCCAGCCUCCACGGCAUGGAGCACACGGGCGUGUCUCUUACAGUCUCUAUCCUUGCAGUUGACAUUUGACAACUUGUUGAUUGUGCUGCAUCGGCCAUUUCUGGCUCGCCAGAUUGAAAAUUUGUCUUUGAGCAGUCCAGGACCCAACGGAAGCGUCUCGGAAAUGAUUUCGCCGUCAGCAAACCACACAGUGCCACAGACGCUGACCUCUCGGGCCAGUAUUCAUUCAUCUCACGGAGACCAGGACUCCAGAGUCGAGGCAAGUGCGAUUUCAGAACAUUGUUGGGACGCGGCAGUCAGGACCGCCAGCGUGACCGAGCUGCCGCAGCUCACUCAGCUUGCCACGGACAGCCACCUCGUGGCAUUUAUAGCCAUGAACCUGUUUAAUGCCGCGAUUGUGCUGAUCCUGGUAGCUCUCUCGGACCCGCUUUCUGACCAAGCCCAAGCGGUCAAACGGCCUAUUACUAGGGUAUUCCGGUUGGAAGAGCUGCUGGGUCUGAGGUCGUCGCUGUCUAGCCAAAGUAGCGUCGUGUUGAAGAAUCUCAUACGUCUGCUUCUUCGGCGUGAGAGCGAGGCUAUGAUCGGACCAGCUGCCCCACCCUCAGGAGUCGUAAACAACGCCGUGGUAACACUGCCUCAUGGUGACGUCGACUCGAGUUGCGCACUGCCGGAGAGGGCCUGUCCUACCCAGUCGGAAUCCGUAAUCAAUAUUUUGGUUCACGGGACUGAGCAAGGACACGGUUCCGACCCGAGCUUUGCAGAACGCCUGAAUCAAAGUCUAGCUUCGGUCCAGCAGAUUAUUCCACCAUUUCAGGACGAAUACUUGGAGCCUGGCGUUGAUCACUUUCCAAGAAAUGAUGGCGCGCUAACCGGAGGUUUCGAAGUGGAACCGGUUCCCCUGGCUUCGCAAGUCCAGACGCUGGCCAAUGACUCGCUUGGCGCACGGCUACGGUUCCGGCGGAUGCUGAAUCUUCUCCAGUGCCCAGGUGCCCCGAUUCUCAUGACAGGGGCAGGAACUAUGGAGAAGCCACCUGCGCCAACGCUUUUGGAGUCCGCUCCUGUUCUUUCCAAUCUCACAGAUCUACCGUCACCACCUGUCUCAUGGCUCGAAGCGAAGGUCAAGCCGAAGGUAGUCCAUGCUCGCUAUCCUUUUAGGGGAAAACCUCUGCUAUGGAUGACUUGCGCUUUCGGCAGUCUAGGUGAUGCCCUAUUUGGCUAUGAUCAGGGUAUUGUUGCCGGACUUUUGGUCAAUCCGGUGUUCCUCAAGAAAUUCUUUGCGGACUACGGAGGUGUCGAGGGGUCGAGUGACAACAUCAAUCCAUCCAUCACAGGCAUCCUCGUCGCGUGUCUGCAGGUCUCGGCCGCUAUUGGCUCCCUCAUCGCUGGCAAUGUUGGCGACAUGAUUGGGAGGAAGCGAUGCGUCCGGCUGGGAGGCUUCAUCUACUUUGCUUCCGCCUUCAUUCAAGCCUUCGCGCCCGACUUCGCGACUUUUGUCGCCGGCCGAACUAUCCAGGGAUUUGGCGUUGGAUUUCUCUCCAUGACUGUCCCUGUCAUUCAGACCGAAAUUGCCGCACCGCACCGUCGUGGCCUUAUGGUAGGCGUUGAAUACACAUUCCUUAUUGGAGGUUAUGCACUCUCAACAUGGGUCGAUUUCGGCUUCUACCAUCUCGUCCCGAAGAGCGAGUCGUGGCAGGGUCCGUACUUCAUCCAGAUGGGUCUCGCCUUCAUCCUGUUCGCUAUGUCCUUCAUACUCCCGGAGACACCCCGUUGGCUCGCUCGGAACGGCUUCACCCAGGAAUGCCUUCAGACAGUCGCCGAUCUGCACACACCAGAUGGUGACACACAGGCGGAGCACGUCCAGAAAGUCAUGCUCGAAAUCAGCGAAGCGGUGCGCUACGAAGCAACACUCGGGCAAUCUUCGUGGCGGGAGAUGUUCACGCGCUAUCGAAAGCGUACCAUUGUCGGAAUCACCGCGCAAAUGUUCGCCCAACUCAACGGCAUCAACGUCAUAUCCUUCUACCUGCCCACAACCUUGGCCAGGGCUGGCAUGAGCCAGUCAAAGUCCUUGCUCUACACAGCAGCAAACUCGCUCCCUUACGUAGCCGCUACAACCCUGUCCUGGUGGCUAGCUGAUAAAUGGGGGAGACGUCCGCUGUUGAUUCUUGGUGGUAUCCUUAUGGCAAUCGCCUUGAGUAUAGUGUGCGCCUUCACCGAGGCACAUAUACGCGAUAUCACUGUGCGUGCUAACGGCAUUUACGCCUUCGUGGUUAUCUACAAUGCAAUCUACGGGUUCACGUGGGGUCCCAUGCCCUGGUUGCUCCCAGCUGAGAUAUUUCCCCUACGUGCCCGUAGUAAAGGCAUGGCUCUUGCCACAUGUUCGAAUUGGGUGUUCAACUUCGCCAUCGGCAUGUCGGCCCCUGACGCAUUCGCGGGAAUUGGAGGUUACUACUACGUUGUCAUCGCGGGGUUCUGUCUGAUCUCGGUGGCUUUGGCUAAAUUCUAUUAUGUUGAGACGGCUAAUCACACUCUUGAGGAGAUUGCGCUAGCCUUCGGCGAUAAGGCCUUUGUAAACGACAGUGACACGGUAUCCAACGCCGCGCACUUAGGCGAAGAUGGGAUGAAGGCUUCCGCGAGCGGCGUCUGA